UGACUUGUCAAUCAUUAGAAUUAUCAUUAGAUUAAUGGGAAUUUUUUACUAUAGCAUCAUAUUAUUAUACUUACUUACAGAGAUCGGAGUUUGAAGUCUAAAACUAAUAUUUGAAAUAAUAUAAUUCAUAUUUGAAAUAAAUAAUACAUAUGAGACGUUUGGAUUUCGAUAAUACUGUAUAGAAGCAAACGAAAAGUGGAUAAUAUUUUUUAAGUACAGAAUCAUGGGUUCAUCUUUUUAUAUUCUGUUUCCUUGUCUGGCAUUAAAUUUCUUUGUUUCACAUGGAUAUAGAAUAUCCUUCCAAAAGUACUGUCUCGGUGAAUCAUUGCCUGACACCUUGCCCAGUUUGGGAGAAAAGUCUUCUGGGAGCUUAAUAAUGAAUUCAAAGCCUGAAAAUGGCUCCUGGUAUUUGCCUAACCUGAACUGUAGUGUGACUCUUACUGCAGAAGAGGGCUUUCGUCUUUUUUUGACUUUUUCCAAUGUUAGUUUACGGAACUCAAGCAUGGAUAAUCUCACUGUUAUCUUCAAUAAUGAAGAAUCAGAUGUCGUUCUUGCUGGACAGCAAAUAUGCUCCAAUGAAAACUGUCAGGGUUUAAAAUUUGAAUCUGGAAGUUUCAAUAACCUAACUUUAAAAUUUAUUAGUGCAAAUGUGUCUGUGCCCAGCAAUGUGACAGGAUUUAAGGCACAUUAUACUGUUUAUGAUUUAGUUGAUUCAAAAGAUGGAGCUUGUAAAAGAAGAAAUCAGUUCUUAUGUGAAAAUAAGCAUUGUAUCUCUUAUAAUUUAAUAUGUGAUGGUCACAACAAUUGUGGGGACUUAUCAGAUGAGACAAAGUGUGUAAUUCCAGUUAAGAACACUGUCUGGGGUAUUGUCGUAAUAGUUAUAGCGGUAAUAUCAGUUAUUGUUUUUGUACCUAUGUUUUGCUUUUUGGCAACAUCUGGGACACGUAGUAUUGUUAAAUCAGUCACAGUUCCCAACCAUGCUACUCCAUUAUUACCCACAGUGGACUGUGGUGAAACUUCGGGUCUUCUUACCUCAUCUGAAGCAGUUAUUAAUUGUUGGCCUGGAACGUCUUAUGAAAGAAGUUACUCAUUCAGUUAUGGCACUGCUCAGAAUUUAGAACCCUCUAGAAGUGAGGAAACUGUUCAGAAGAACAGACGUUCAUCUAGCGAUGCUCAUGGUUCAAAGUGGAAUGAAUCAUUAUAUUCAGAUUCUUGAGAAUCAUUUUAAUUAAAAUUUGCUUAUUUUGAUAACAUAAAUCCAAAUCUAGAUUGUCCAGUCUAGAUUGUGAAUAUAUUAUGAGUAUUAAGUCUGAUUUUGAUAUGAGAAUGCUAUCUUUAUUGUAAAUAAUACUGUAGAGUUUUGCAUUUUCUUGUGCAACUGUCAUCAGUAUUUUUUUUUCUGGUAUGAUAAUAUAAAAGGCAUGUAUGAUACUUGAAUUUUACCAUUAAGUAAUUGGUUCUGCAGUAUUCAAUUAAUAGAAAACAAGGAAUUGAAGUUAUAAUAUUUGGCAUGAGGGGGAAAAAACCUUGAUUAAGUGAAUACAUUAAGGAUACUUUUCAUUAAAGGACAGCAUGUGUAAAAUAGUUUUCUCUGGAAAAGUAUGUGUGCUAACUUCUGUUGCUAACAAAAAAAAAAAAAAAAAAAAAAAACAUACUUUUAUCAUCAGCUUGUUUUAGCUGUACUAAAAUUUUCUAAACAUAAGAAAUAUACUUUUUAGGUCGUCAUUUCAUUAAAAAAAAUGAAACAAAAUGACAUUCUUUAAAUACUUUUUGUUUAUGAUAGUUAUUUUGAAUUAUUGAUAAUACUUAUUCUGAAAACAAGAAUAUUGUUACUAGAGAUAAGAAUGCAUUUAAUCUAACCCUGGCAAAAUGGCAACAUUGAUGCAUGUAAUUAUCUUUCUGUAAAACCGUGUAUGAUGCAUCUUGUCCUAUAAUAGAAAAUAUUCCAAAUCAAAAUAGAGUAUGAAUGUUAUGUGGUUAUAAAAGAGGAGAAAACAAUGUUAGAAAAGUAAUGUAAAUUUCCUUCCUUAAUGUGAAUUUAAACUGUUCUCGUACAUGUGCAUAAAUAACAUGUCCUGCAUGAUGAAAUAUAUUUCAGAUGUAAAAAGUAUUUAAAUAUAAAUAAUGAAUUUUAAUUGUUGCUUUAGUAAAUUUGUCAAUUUCGUUCGAAA